CCGCCAGCACCUUUCUACGACUCCGACUCUCUCGUCACAUUCGAUCACAUACUUCCCGUUUACGUCUAUCAGACUCAUUCUCGGGCGCCAUGUCUGAAGACUCCUCUCACGAUCCCUUGGGCACCUUGUUCCCCGCCGCGGAGAAGAUCACGCCUUUCCAAGACUGGCCAUGGCCUGAGUGGGACGCAGCUAUUGGGGACCGCAUAUUGGCCAGCAACAAGUAUGUUGCCUACAUUGCCGCACUGCUUGGUGUUGAAACCCUCAAGUUCGUCAAGACCGGAGUGUCCAAAGCUACGAAAGGAGCCCCCGACUUGGCAAAAGACAGGGUCACUCUUGCAAUCUAUCACAAAGGAGCCGUCAAUUGCCUGAACAACAUCAGGUCGGAAAUUCCAGAAGAGGAGGAGAAGUGGGUUCACUUGCAACAGUGCCUCGAUGAUCUCGAGAUGAAUCUCCACCGGCAGUUCGUGUUUCACAUGGAGGAUCUUAAGGCGCAGCAUCGCGAGUUGUGGGCCGUGAAGAUUGCCAUGCAAAAUCGCAUGGCGGCUGCAGGCGUCAAUGAUCAACGCGUAGUUGAGGUCGACGACAAUAAUGAGGACGGCAGGGAGGAUGAUGGUAAGGAUAACACCAAGAACGAGACCGACCAGAAGGAGAAUGGCCAGAAGGAGAAUGACAAGAAGGAGAAUGGCAAGAAGAAGAAUGGCAAGAAGGAGAACGGCAAGAAGAAGAAGAAGGGCGGCAAAAAGAACUAGGC